AUGAUCGGUCGGUACGCUAAGGCAAACAUAAGGAUGACCGAGGGGUGCUCAAUCGAGCAAGAGCUGUCGGCGAUAAAAGAACAAGUCCAACCUGUCAUGGCCCGUUUGAAGGAAAAUGACCUUGUUAUCGAAAGAGAGAAUGAGGAACUUGCGCAGGUCGAGGUUCAGAUUGCCGAGCUCCAGGCCCGUCGAGAUCUCAUCCUUCAGCGCCGAGAUGGUGCGGUCGCGGUCGGAACUGAGCUGAAGUCUUCGGCCAGGCAAAUCCUCAAGGCGGCGACCGAGAAAAAGAGGGCACUGGCCAAGAGGAAGCUGAUCCGGGAGAGGUGGCAGGCGGAUAUAGAUGGUGGGGACAUCCCCUGGAGAAGGAUAACAUGCCUAAUCUGGGGGAUGUUUAGCAAGAGGGUUUAG